AGAGUGGCUUCACUGGGCAUAAAUUUCCUCCGUGAGAACUUCAGCCUCAUUGUUGAGACUUUUGGGGGAAAGUCUUCGUGAACUGAAGAGGGUAGAGGUGACACACCCAGCUAUGAAGACCAGCAUCCUGCUUAUGUUCCUUUGGGGGUUGUCCUGUGCUCUCCCAGUAACCAGGUAUCAAAAUACUGAAUCUGAGAGCUCUGAAGAAUGGAAGGGUCAUUUGGCUCAGACACCAACACCACCUUUGGAGAGCAGUGAGUCAUCAGAAGAAAGUAAAGUUAGCUCAGAGGAACAGGCAAGUGAAGACCCUAGUGACAGUGCUGAAUCAAAGGAGGGCCUUAAUGAUCACCAGUAUAUGCACAGACCAGCUGAUGGCCUCCCUAGGAAUGGAGGAAAAGGAGGAGAUGAUAAAGAUGAUGAUGAAGAUGACAGUGGAGAUGACACUUUUGGCAAUGAUGACAAUGGCCCAGGUCCUGAAAAGAGACAAGGAGGAAACUCCAGACACAAAAGUAAUGAAGACUCAGCCGACACCACACAAUCUGGGGAAGAUAGUGCCUUGCAAGGGGAAGACAGUGCCCAAGAUACCACCAGUGAGAGCAGGGACCUUGACCAUGAGGAUGAGGUGAACAGCAGGCCUGAGAGAGGUGACUCUGCUCAAGAGAGUGAUAGUGAGGAGCUCUGGGUGGGAGGCGGCAGUGAAGGAGAUAGUAGCCAUGGGGAUGGCUCUGAGUUCGGUGAUGAAGAAAUGCAGAAUGAUGAUCCAGACAUUAUCAGGAGCGACAGAGGCAACUCCAGAAUGAACAGUGCUAGUGUCAAAUCAGAAGAAUCGAAAGGAAACAGUGAUGAACAAGCAAGCACUCAGGAUUCAGGUGACAGCCAAUCAGUGGAGUAUCCCAGGAGGAAAAUUUUCAGAAAGUCCCGCAUUUCUGAGGAAGAUGAUAUAGGGGAGCUUGAUGAUAACAACACAAUGGAAGAAAUCAAGAGUGACUCAACAGAAAACACAAACUCCAAAGAAACUGGCCUCAGCCAAUCCAGGGAAAACAGCGAGAGUGAAUCUCUAGAAGAGAGUGAGGAGAAACAGUCCCCAGAAGACAGUCAAAAUGUACAAGACCCCAGUAGUGAGUCUAGUCAAGAGAUUGAUCAACCAUCUCAGGAAAAUAGUAGUGAAUCUCAGGAAGAGGUAGUGAGUGAGUCCAGGGGUGACAACCCAGAUAACACCACCAGUCACUCAGAAGAUCAGGAAGAUAGCGAUUCCAGUGAAGAGAACAGCUUGAAUAAAACCUCCAGUUCAGAAAGUGAAUCCACAGAGGAGCAAGCUGACAGUGAAUCCAAUGAAAGCCUCAAAGACUCAGAGGAAAGCCCAGAGUUCACUGAGGAGAACAGUUCUAGCCAGGAGGGCCUCCAGUCUCACAGCGCCUCAGCAGAGAGCCAAAGUGAAGAAAGCCAGUCUGAGCAGGACAGCCAGUCCGAGGAAGACGAUGCCAGUGAUUCUCAGGACAGCAGCAAAUCAAAAGAAGACAGCAACUCUACUGAGAGCAAAUCAAGUAGUGAGGAAGAUGGCCAGUCAAAAAACACUGAGAUAGAAAGCAGAAAAUUAACAGUUGAUACUUAUCACAACAAACCCAUUGGGGAUCAAGAUGACAAUGACUGCCAAGACGGCUAUUAG